AUGGACGUAUUAUUAAAUACUACUAAUGAUACUUCUGAUGUGGAUGAUUCUUUCACUUACUUAUCAACUACGAGUCAGAUAAUACAUUGUAUUUUAUUGUUUAUCUAUUUUCUCUUUGGUAUAGUUGGAAAUACUCUGAAUAUUUUUCUUUUCAUUCGUUCAGCUUUAUCUCGAACGUCAAGUUCUGUCUAUUUACUUUGUGGAUCCAUCGGUGAUCUGUCUGUCACUAUUUUUAUUAUUCCUUUUCGAAUUUUUGCAGAUGGUUUCAAUCUUGAUCUAACAUCGUAUUCAUUAUUAUCUUGUCGAUUGGUCUCCUAUUUAUACUAUGUUGCUUUAACCGUACCACGAUUUUGUAUCAUACUCGCUAAUGCUGAUCGAUGGGCAGCUAGUUGUGUACAAGCCAAUCGGCGAAAAUUUGCCAGUAUCUAUGUAGCAAGACGAUUAGUACCAGUUAUCAUCGUUGUUUGUUGUUUAUUAUAUUCACAUAUUUUUGUGACAUUUACUACAGAUUACACACCACCACCACCCUUUUGUUCAGUUAAUGACUAUUAUAGUGUUCCUAUCUUAUUAUUACAAUUAAUUACAUACUCAAUAGUUCCUCCAUUUUUCAUGGCAUUCUUUAGUAUCGGUAUAAUUUUGAAUUCAAUGCAACGACGACAUCGUACAGCACCUACAACAAUUCAAUUAGUAACUAUAUUACCUAUGAACACUAUGAUUCGUCGAAAGCGUCGUCCACUUAAUCAAAUGCAAGUGAUGCUUAUUUGUCAAGCAAUGAUCGAUUGUGUCUUAACACUUCCAUUUAGUCUUAUCAAUUUAGUAUCGCUUCUGGUCGAUAAUGAUAAUAGUUUUCUUACUCUCUAUUCGUUUGUUCGUCUGAUCAUAUUUAUUAACUACGUAUCAUCCUUUUAUAUCUAUACGUCGAGCUCCAAAUUGUAUCGAGAUGAGUUUAAAAAACUAAUCAAACGUCUUUUUAAUCGACAAUGA